GACCUCCUAUAUAUUUAUACUUUCGGGGCUUAUACAGAUACCUAUUAUUUUGCUGGGUGAGAAAGACGGAUAGUUGUUUUUGUUAGCAUAUUCCAGCGGUAAUAAUGCAUAUUUGGAAUCUGUAUUACAUAUUUAUACAGCUUAAAAUGUUUAAAUAUUAAUCAUGUGUGCCUAUUUACUGACUUAUUUGUAUAAAUUGAACUUUAUACAAAAACUCAUGAUACAAUCGUUGAUUGUCUCAAUCAUUAUUCUAAACAAAUCUACAUGAACAGAGCAAAAUUUUAUUGAUCUGACAAUCUGGGCAAGUUUUUCAUGAUGGAUUACCGACCAGCCGAAGUAAAAGAGUGGCUCAGAUACUUCAAAAAGUAUAUAUCAAAGAAGGACAAGGAAAAAGUCAUACAACUGUUGAGUAAUGUUCCCCUGUCAAUGAGAUGUGACAGUAAAGGCAACACUUUGCUACAUUACUCGGCAAAAAUGGGCAGCAAGAUCAUAACAGCUUAUCUAACAGAUGCAGGUUGUCAUAUCAAUGUAAAAAAUGAUCUUGGAGAACCUCCAUUAGCUACUGCCAUCCUGUACAAUAAUACAAAAGUAGCAUCAAUGCUGAUAAAAUCUGGUGCUAUUCUUUACAACACUUACUACAAAGAAAAUUGUGGACCACUACACUUGGCAGCCCAGAGUGGUGAAACUAAAAUUGUUAAAAUGUUAAUUAAAGCUGGCUGUGACGUGACAGCUGUUGACGAUAUUGGUCGCACUCCUCUUCAUGCAGCUGCUCAGUACUGUUUCCCACGAUAUCAGAUCUUUAAAUUGCUAGUAGACGCUGGAGCAGAUGUCAAUGCUAGAACGAUAGAAAAAAGCUCACUCUUGCACACAGCUCACAGAUGUGAAGAAGCUUUUGUACUACUCCUCAGUAAAGGUGUGGACAUUCAUGCACUCAAUUCACUGGGCCAGACGCCUUUGCACAAAGCGGCUAUGUACGGAAAUUACAAAGUUACGAAAAUGUUAAUUGAAGCCGGUUGUGACGUCAACGCAAUCGACAAUUUUGGAGUAACGAGCUUACAUUACGCAGCUACCUGGAAUUCACCAGAGGUCGUGAAUCUGUUGCUGCAAAAUGGUGCCAAUGUGGAUGUGUAUGAUGCCGACGAUUUAGAUCCACUGAUUUAUAGCAUCAAAGAACUAGGCACUAACUUCAGGUACGAAUCAUUACGCAGAAAUUUCGAGAUCAUUGCCGCGCUAAACGACUAUGACAAAGUUUUCGAGGUUCUGCAUUUCGAUGAGAUUCCCAAGCAAUUAGCCGUGAUCAAGUUAUUAUUGAAGGCUGGAGUGCAGUUGAAUCGAAUAAACGUCAAUGGCCUGACGGCAUUCAACAUAGCUGUUUCGGUCGUUUAUCACAGCAGGAUACCCAAGUAUUUGCUGAAAAAAGGAGCAACAUUUGAUUUCAAAGACACGCUAAUAAGACGAAUUUUCGGUGUGCCGAACAAGGGCUCGAAAUUACCACAUCUACUGUUGAGGCACACGGCCAUGUUUGACGCGCACAAUCGAAAGGAUGGUCCGCAAAAUUUUUGCCUUAAAAAAUUGAAAAAGAAAUAUCAAGAGAUUUACUCGUGCUGUAGAGAUGAGCUGGAACUCAUGAAGUCUACCCAACUGUACGAUUCCGUGACGCUUUUUAAUUUACUCGUUGACAAGCAUAUCGGGCCUUACGUCAGAAACGAGUUGAUAGUCGAUGCAUUUUUAAUACGAUCCCAUCGUAUUUCCGAAAGAUUCCCGAAUUAUCACGAUUUGAUUGUCGAGAGGGUCACUAAGGAGAGGAGAAAGCAGGAGUACAUUAGGAGAGCCACCCGAUGCUUGAACCGUAUUUUCCAAUCGACCGGAGGUAGUCUACCCAUAAUAAUUACCGACAACAUUUUGCGUUUUCUACCAAAGAGAGAUUUACGCUCGUUGGUUGCGGUUUAUGGCAAAAAUGCAGUUAAGCAUACCUAAACGUAAGCGUAUUAAUAUCCUUUUUUUUUUUUUACAUCAAAUAAAUAAAAUCUGGUUGCGUACUCAAAAAAAUUCAACACAGAUUUAAA